AACUCUGUGUCUGUGCCGUCCGUCAUUCUUUUAGAACCAUAGGUCCCACUUCAUAUGACAAAUGUAGUCCUGUUAUGACAUUUCAGAUGCAGUAACCAAAUUUUUUAGCAAAUCUGCCUAUUCAUCUCUAUCUAUCCUUCUCCUCCUACUCCUAUAUAUAGCAGACAACUAUAUCUCAUCCCUAAACAUAUCCACACUCCAUACCUUUUAAAGCCUUCUUUUGAGAUAAGAAAUAUAUUUAAUAAAAAGAGCAAACGACAGCAAUAGAACUUUUGCAUUUGGAUGGAGGCUGCUUUUCCCAUGAUUUAUUUCCUUCUCUUUCUCUCAACUCUUCUCUUGUAUCACGUACCAAAGAAACAAAAAGGAAAAGACAUACAAAAAGCAAAGUUGCCUCCUGGUACAAUGGGAUGGCCUUAUAUAGGGGAAACUCUCCGAAUGUACUCUGAAGACCCAAAUGUCUUCUUUGCUAAUAAACAAAAGAGAUAUGGGGAUAUAUUCAAAACACGCAUUCUUGGAUGCCCUUGUGUUAUGGUAGCUAGCCCCGAAGGUGCAAGAUUCGUGCUGGUUACUAAUGCUCACUUAUUCAAACCGACGUACCCAAAGAGCAAAGAGAGAAUGAUUGGCCCUUCUGCUUUGUUCUUUCACCAAGGGAACUACCAUUCUCGACUAAGGAAGAUGGUUCAGAACUCGUUAUCUCCUGAGGCUCUUCGAAAUCUAGUUCAACACAUCGAGGCCCUAGCUAUUUGUUCACUGGAAUCAUGGGCAACAAAAGAGCAAGUAAUCAACACAUUCCACGAGAUGAAGAAGUUGUCAUUUGAAGUUGGCAUUCUUGCUAUCUUUGGUCAAUUGGACACAAAGCGCAAAGAGGAGCUCAUGGAGAACUAUUGCAUAGUAAAUAAGGGAUACAAUUCUUUCCCUACAAACUUACCAGGAACCGCAUAUUACAAAGCUACAAAGGCAAGGAGAAAGCUUUAUGAGAUAAUUAGUGAAAUAAUUUGUGAAAGGAAGGAGAAGAAAACAGUAGAGAAGGAUCUCUUGGGUCGUCUAUUAAAUUUCAAAGAUGAAAAGGGACAUACUUUAAUGGAAGAUCAAAUUGCCGACAAUAUCAUUGGUGUACUCUUUGCUGCGCAAGAUACAACAGCUACUGCUCUAACUUGGAUUCUCAAAUACCUUCAUGACGAACACAAAAUUUUACAAGCAGUUAAGGUUGAACAGAUAGCAAUUUAUGAGUGUAAUGAAGAAGGAAAGAAGCCCUUGACAUGGAUUCAAACUAGAAAUAUGCCAUUUACACACCGGGUCAUUUUAGAGAGUUUAAGAAUGUCAAGCAUUAUAUCUUUCACCUUUAGAGAAGCCGUGACAGACGUAUUUUACGACGGAUACUUAAUUCCAAAAGGUUGGAAGGUCAUGCCAUUAUUCAGAAACAUCCAUCAUAAUCCAGACUUUUUUGCUGACCCUUGGGAUUUUGAUCCUUCCAGAUUUGACGCUGCUCCAAAACCCAAUACCUAUAUGCCAUUUGGCAAUGGAGCCCAUGCUUGUCCAGGGAAUGAACUUGCAAAACUGCUCAUGCUGAUUUUAAUCCAUCAUCUAGUCACCAACUAUAGGUGGGAAGUCAUAGGUUCUCAGGGCGUGAUACAGUAUAGCCCGUUUCCGGUACCUCAACAUGGACUCCCAGCCAGGUUCUGGAAGGAAAACAAAAUAAAUUAAUAGCAAUGAGAAUAACGGAAAAGCAGAAGAUAUCUCCUGACCUAGUUUCCAGUUUCAAGUGAAACUCGACCCAGCAUCUUUUUUUAUCCUGGGGCCUAUCUCACUAUUCAUUUAGGCAAAAUUAUACUCUGUAAUUAUUGAUUGUAAUAAGAGGCAGCAGGAGGAGAGAGUUUUACCCAAAGGAUGUAAUAUCAUCUCCACUUCUGUUUCAAUGGGUAAUAUAACUAGAUUAAUAGUAUAUCAUAAACUCUC